CCAUGAUGAACCGGCUGAUACCGGAAGUAUCUACGUGUUCAUUUUCGCGACAGUUCAAGAAGCAUCUACAAACAGCUAAAGAAACUAGCUAAGGAGUUGGCGCUUUCUCCUGCGAAGGAGUACAGCAAAAACAGCACCAUGUUGCCGACCACCUUGCCGCACAGCAACGGCGCCACCGGCUCUAGGGACGCUGCACGUCACACGGCAGGCGCCAAACGCUACAAGUACCUGCGGCGGCUGCUCCAUUUCAAACAGAUGGACUUUGAAUUUGCCAUGUGGCAGAUGCUUUACUUGUUUACUUCACCACAGAGAGUCUACCGCAACUUCCACUACAGAAAACAGACCAAGGACCAGUGGGCCCGGGACGACCCUGCUUUCCUGGUUCUGCUCGGCAUCUGGCUCUGUGUGUCAACAAUAGGCUUUGGUCUGGUGCUGGGCAUGGGAGCCGUGGAGACUCUGAAGCUGCUGCUGUGGGUGGUCUUUGUUGACUGUAUAGGAGUUGGUCUUCUCAUAUCAACCCUCAUGUGGGUUAUCACCAACAAGUACCUGCUGAAGCAGCCCAGAGGUAACUUUGAUGUGGAGUGGGGCUACGCAUUUGAUGUCCACCUCAACGCCUUCUACCCCCUUCUAGUCAUCCUGCAUUUCCUACAGCUCUUCUUCAUCAACUAUGUGAUAAUAAACACCAACUGGUUCGUGGGAUACUUUGUCGGGAACACUUCGUGGCUGAUCGGCAUUGGUUAUUAUCUUUACAUCACGUUCUUAGGGUACAACGCUCUACCCUUCCUGAAGAACACGGUGGUGCUGCUCUACCCCUUCGCUCUGCUCGUCCUCGUCUACGUCCUCUCCCUCUCUUUGGGCUGGAACUUAACUCAGGGUCUCUGCUCGUUUUACCAGCACAGAGUCCAGUAGGAGCCGUUUGUCUCGGAGGUUGGACACUCGUUGGCUCCAGGCCGACUCAAAAUCUGUUUUCAACUUGCAUGUAGGUGACAACGAAUCCAUUUCCAGAUUCUUCAGGACUCUGCCUGACACGGGUUCAUUGACGCUGGGCUGGUUGACUGUUGCUCGACUCUCAAUUGACUCUGUUGAUUUUCUGUGUGGCUCUCGUGUUGAGCCGGAGCUCCGAAGUCAGUGAACAGUGAUGUGUUUGGACUAGUUGCAGAAACGGGAGGACAGAUGAGAUACAGCUUUUAUUGUUGUUCUUUUUGUAUGAUUUGUAAAUAUUCUGGCAGGUUGUAAUAUAUAUAUAUAUAUAUACAGAUGAUUGUUUCUGAAGAGGUAAACAUUUGCUUUGACUUUUCUUUAAAAAAAAUAAAACCUGCUUAUUGAAGAGAAAAUAGGAAAGUAGAGGAACAUGGGAUGGACACUUUUUUUUUCUUCCUUUUUCUGAAUGAAGUGUACGUUCCAAAGCACUUUCAAUAAACAGUUUUAC